GAGAAGUUACACUACUUGAUGCGCUCCUUCCGACUGCAAGAUGAAGUCUUCACAUUUGUAUAAACCAUUUUUCUACUCUGAAUUAAUUCUAAUUCUACUCAGUGCUUCAGCAGGUUUUUUUACAAGUGCUGAUGAUCGAAAAUCUGUUACAGCUUCAGUUGGAGACAAGAUCACACUUCAAUGCGGAAAUGCCUCACUGGGAAAUCUGACUCAACUUACCUGGAGUAAAGAAGACAACAAUAAAUCUGAAACUAUUUAUUCCUACUUAUAUAUUCAAAACCGGACAUUCAUGUCAAAUAAGACUGUGAAAUUAUGGUGGACUUAUGAGGAACCCUACAGACUGCAGAUAAUGAAACUGCAGAUUUCUGAUGCAGGGAAUUAUAGUUGCAAUUUGAAUGGAGUUAAUGUUGAGCUACAUUUCAAAUGGCACGUUAUUAUUACUGAAUCAGUUUCAGAUCGAACAUAUUGGACUUUGUAUACAAUUCCAAUACCCAUAGGAAUCAUCUUAAUCUCGGUGAUUGGGUGUAUUUGCUGCAGAAGAUGUUUUUAUAAUACGAACCGGGAGGAGCUCACUGCUCAGAAUGGGUCUUCAAACAGAAAUUCACUGGUACCAAAUGAAGUCGGUUCUGGAUCUGAAUUUUAUGAAAGAAUCAACUCAGUUUAUAAUCUGCCAAGAUAAAAGACUUUGGGCUAUUUUGCAUGCUCAAACACUUCCCCUGCACGAAUGUUAUUGAACUGUAAACAUUUAGCACAUGGCAUGGUCUUUAUGGUAAUGGCAUAAAAGUGUACUUGUAUUUUUGCCAGUGAUUCAUGUGGUGUUAGCAGUGCAGUGAACAAGAACUCAGGGAUAGUUAGAGGCUUUGAAUCAGAAUUAAGACUCAAGGUUUUAUUAAGAAUCAUACAUAAUGUAAAAUUUGGAUCAUUGAAACACCUGUAUGAGAAUGACAGUCACCUUCCCAACACUGACUGAUUCAAACUUCUGUCUUGGCUCUCUAUAAUCAAGCAGAAUCUUAUCAGGGGAGGAAAGUUCAGUCAGCUUACAAUUUCUGAUCACUGUUACAAUGAGGUUAGGCUGAAAGAUAUGUGUUUCAGGUGAAGAAAGGAAUAUGCUGUGCCAUGAUGCCUUCAAAAAUUCAGUAGCUGCAAUGCUCCUUAUCUAGACAUGGAACAAGGAUGAUUCAGGAAACUACCUAAAGACUACUAGUCAAUGUUCACACCACGCUAUGCAGCAACCUGAAAGUUCCUGCCAAGGUUGAGAAGUCAGCACCAUCAACUUACCACAACCAGAUGUCUGUGCAAAAUGAACAACAGUACAAAGAGAGAACAGUUCUCCAGAAAAUUGAGCACAAGUUUAAACCUUCAACUUUCUCAGACAUAAUUCAAAAGGCUUGCUAUCUGAAUCAAAUCACCUAAAAUA